CCUUCUGAUACGUUUCAGUCACACUCAGUUGCUCAGAAUAUCAGCAUACUAACAAAAGCACUGAUUCUUAUUUAAACUUGCUUAUAAUACCCAUUAAGUAAUAAUCAAAUUAUUAAGUUAUUCAUAAUGCUUGAACCGGAAACUACUGAAAAUCUUGUUCGACGUCAUUUAGACGACUAUGGUUUAUUAACAAAUAAAGAAGAUCAAGUAUGGACAGUUCGUUAUUCAAAAUUAGGUGGCCGAGGUUUAUAUGCUAAGCGUGAUAUAAAGCAGGGUGAAUUAAUUUUUAUUGAGGCACCAUUGAUUAUUGGACCGCGUUGUUACAAUAAAUAUCUUCCAAUGUGUAUUAAUUGCUAUAAAUCAGGAUGUCCAUUAUUCCCAUGUGACCGAGGAUGUGGACUUCCCGUGUGUUCUACUCAGUGUGAAAAUUCAAAAAAUCACGUUGAGUCUGAAUGUGAACGCUUACAAAAUUGGCAGCCAACAUGUGGUACCAUGUGGUCCAUGGAACUUCUUCAGACAGUAGUACCAAUUAGAUCACUUUCAUUGUUUUCAUAUCAAAGAGAUCUUGUUUAUGCAUUAGAACGUCAUGAAGGGUCACUUCAUGGUCGUGAGAUAGAAUUACUGAAAAAAAAUAUUUCAAAACCACUAAAUCAGGAAGACGAAGAAUUCAUGUUACAAGUAUGUCGGGCUUUUGAUACAAAUGCAUUUGAAACAGCUUUGCGUGUUGACAAUAAAACUUCAAUAAGUCUUCGGGGUCUUUAUCCACUGGCAGCAUUACAAAAUCACAGCUGUCUACCAAAUACCAGGCACUAUUUCAAUGACAAAGGAUUCAUGUUCGUGCGAGCUGCAGUUCCGAUUAGAAAAGACGAAGAACUUACUGAGACUUAUGUUGAUUUAAUUUGGGGCACUAGUCUGCGAAGAAAUUAUUUAGUUUUGUCAAAACACUUUGAAUGCUGCUGCAAAAGAUGUUCAGACCCAACAGAAUUUGGAACUAAUAUCAGUGCUCUACGAUGCGCUAAUUUGAAAUGUUUUUCAUACAUUUUACCUGUUGACCCACUGAAUUUUAAAAGCUCGUGGACUUGUCGUGAAUGUAAUGUUAAAGUAUCUGGUAAACAGAUUGAAUCAAUUUCUUCAGCAUUAAGAAUGAUGGUUAAUAAUGUUUUAAAUGAACCGCCUCGUAAUAUUUUGAAAUUUAUUGAAGGUGAAUUAAAAAUUCUCGUUCCUCCAGAAAAUCAUAUUUUGUUGGAUAUGAAAUUUCAUGUUGUGUCUUUCUUUGGACGAACUGAAGAGCUUGAAUGGAAAAAUCUAUCAGACAGAGAGCUUGAAUUAAAAGCACAGUACUGCGACGAAUUGAUAGAAAUAUUAGACAAACUAGGAUGUGGUGAUUGUCAAAAAAAAGGCUUAAUUUUAAAUGAACUGUAUUGUACGAAGAAAGAACAGCUCUUGCGAAAAGUUACUAAGAAUAAUAAUACUAAAGAUGAAAACAAAACGGAAAACAAUGAAGAGCUUGCAAAAAUAGCAAGCAAAGUUGUAGAAAUUUUACAAAAUGACGUUGCAGCUCCCGAUGAUCUCAAAAAAUUAGAUGCAUCUUUAACACAUGCAGAUGAGUGAUUAAAUCGAUAAAUUAAUGUGUUAAAGAUAAAACAUUCAAUAUUUUUUUGAUGUUUAUUUAAAAGGGGUCCUCUUUUUUCUUACUUGAAUGGACGAAUAAUACUAUCCUUGUUGCACUUGUACAAUGAAUAGAAACAGUCUACGUUCUUCCUGUCAGCGAAUGAUAAUUUUCAGUAAAAUUAAAACCGGGAUUAUAGAUUAUAUUGUAAUAUAUCGAGCUAUGUAGAUGAAUUCCCCAGUUAAUUGAUAUAUAUAACUCUCGAUUGUGAGUAGCAUUUAUUAGUCAUUAGUCGUUAGUGAAAUAUUAUUUAAAUGUUUUUUAUAUUUGAUAAGUAAUAUAUUAAUAAAUGAAUUUAAAAAAGUUUAUAUUUAGUGUUAGUCGUAGAAAAGAGAGACUACUUUUAUUUCUUCAUUUUCGAUAAGUGUAAGUAAUUCAAAAUGUAAUAUAAAUUUAAAUUGAAGAGUAACACCGAUAAUGUUAAUUCUUAUCUUAUAAUUAUUAUUAUGCAUUAUGAUUGACUGCUAGAUUAUUGAAUUUAUUAUUGUUAUAAAAAAGACAUGAAUAAUAUAUAUCUAUAUAGCAUGUAUUGUUUUUUGAAUUGUUGAUUUGAAUCAAGAAACCGUUAUUUUGCGUUUAAAAAAAAUGUGAAACAAAUUUAAUUCGUGAUGAUUUGAGCGUUGGUUAAAAAAGUUUGUAUAAUGAUAUUGAGCAUAUUGAACAGAAUUUGUGUACUAGAAUUGUAUUAAAAUUCACACUAUUCAUUUCUAUGUGAAAAUUUUUAAAAUCACUUUAUGAUUUUCUCAUUUAUUAUGUUAUCCUGGUACCAAAACAUGCAGAAGUGACUUUUCAUUUGAAUUUUCUCAAAUAUAGACAGCCCAUAAAUAGAAAAUACCAUCAGGCCUUUUGUGGAUUCAUUGUACCUAUUCUGUAAUGAAAAAUAUGGUUAUGUUGUUCUCAUCGUUUUUUCAGAAAAGUUACUUCUUCGAUUCUCAUAUUUCCUUAUUAAAAUUCUCGAAUUUUGAAGAUUAAAGUAACAAAGGGUUAACUGGAAAGACCUGAAUUUUUGUUUGAACGGUAUGCAUUACUCAAGAAAUAGCAUAUCCUCAAUAAUUUAGGCAAAUUUUGGCCAAGAAUAUAUAUUUUGGCUCAUGAUGUAUCGGAAAAUAAUAAUGAACAAGAAGGUAUCACGUCAAAGUUUUUAAAAAGUAUUGAAGAUUUUAGAUCCCUUAACAUCCUUACAUGAAACGGCUACCCGUUCACAAAUAAAUUCUUCGAUUAUUGUCACGUGUGGUUUACCAUU